AACUCAUCGCAAGUAUGUAAAUUUUUAAAAGUCGUUCUGGUUUUCAAAGAAAAGUAAACCAAUCUAGAAACCUAAAUUUUGUUUAUAUCCAGCAAUAAAACGUGAUAUUGUAUACUACCAAUCAUCCAUUACAAAAUGCAAAUUGGAUUUGACUUUUCCAAUUUUUUUUAAAAAUAGUUUCUAAAAAUAGAUGUAGAAUCGAGAACAAACAGAGCUUACUUGAAAUAACAAAUAUAAACCUUUUUUUAACAAAGCAAUAACAAAUAUGAAAUUAGUCUAGUUUAAUAACAGUACAAGUUCAUAAACGGUAUUCAAACAGUGAAAUUGAUUUUUUUUUAGUUUCGAAUAUUUUCUGUGGUUUCAUGUACCCUUUGGAUCAAAACAUCGACGACCACGUUUGUAAAUCAAACAAGUCGGACAAUGCAGAUAAUCUACCUGUUUGGUUAUAAUGAUAACGCAGAAGAGAAUGUCAAGUAUACAAGAGGUGUGAGUGAGGAUUAGCUCCCCUUCUGGUCACUCUGUGGCGAGUGUAAUUGGUCAGUGCACUUGACCAGGUCCUCGACAGAUGCCACCGAGUGUACGUCAGCGCUAUAAGAGGGGGGCCAAACCUCUAGCAGGGCGUCAUUCAACGAUUCCAUCGCUGUUUCGUCAGUACUUGUGCGUCUAGUAAAGUCAUAUCAAGCCGAUACGUCUUGUGGACAAUUUGUGACAUUGGUUUUCGGCGUUCAGUCUUAUCAACGGAUUUCUUUGCAUUGUCAUCUGGAUUUAUUGUUUUUAAACAAAUAUUAGUGACUCGCUGUGAAACUAACAAUUUACACAUUAAAUACGUGUAUUUAAAUAACCGUUCGUUUGCCACAGAUUGUAGACAAUUUAAAGAACGGUAACUCGUCAGGAACGAUAACUGUGUCUAGGAAACUGCAUUCAUUUCUCAUGUUCCAGUUCUAAAGGGGAGUAAUUUGUGCGAAUCGACUUGUCGAAAUGAGGCGGCCCACUGCAGAGGAACUAGGCUGCCUGGUUUACAACUCAACUGUCGGCCGGUUGAAUUGUUUAAACGACGUCAAGGCCAGGCUCUACCUCCCUGUGACCGUGUUCCUGGGUGUUCUCAUUGUUGUAGGCACGAUAGGAAAUGCCACGGUGUGUCUGGUGUACUGCAAGAGAAGAACGCGAGUGUCCUCACACUACUUCAUCCUCUACCUGGCAGCGCUGGACCUGGUCACCUGCGUGGUGGGGAUGCCGACGGAGAUCGCCGAUCUAGUUCUGCCCUACACCUUCGACUCCCCGUGGGCGUGCAAAGUUUUGAGAUUUACUCAUUCCAGCACCAUCAUCGCCAGCAGCACCAUCCUGAUUGAGGUGGCGUUUGAUCGAUACUAUCGAAUUUGCCAGUUGGGAAGACAAUUUACAGCCAAUAAGGCCAGACUUCUGUGUGUCGGAGCCGUGGUGCUAGGUCUAGUGUGUUCCUGGCCAACUUUCAUUUUAUUUGGAAGGAAGACUGUGAUCCGAAACCUCAAUGGCCAUGUCCUGAAGGGCACCGACUGUACCACUGAUGACUCCAUGAGAAAAACAGUCUACCCGACCAUCUACUACGUCUUUCUAUUCUCCUUGUUCGGCGUCACCAUCAUGUUCUUUGCUGUCCUCUACUCCAAAAUCGGGCUGACGAUCCUGGGCAGGAAGCGGGUCCACAUGGGCUCCGUGACUUCCAGUACGUCCUCCAACAAAGCUCUUCUCAGGGCGGGCUCCCGCAAAGAAAACGUUCCAGAAGCAACAAGCUCCGAUUUGUCUUCAGAGCAAGACGAAGGGCUCGGUGGCUCAACAGCCAGUGGUAACAGCAACGGUAACAACAGUAACCCCGGCAGCGCCAACGUCAGCAAUGCGACAUCCACAACCACCCUGGCCAGCGCCAUCUUUGGCAGUGUCAAGCGACACCAGGGCAAGUGUGGGAAGCUGGAAGACACGUCACGCUGGUUUAACCCGAAUCUCCCCACCAAGCCGGGAGCUGUCGCCGCUACCGGAAAUGACGUCACGAACGGAAGUGUGGCGAAUCAGGGUUUUGCUGACAUCAAAACGAUUUCAGGAGACUUCCCAGUUCUGCCCUUGGGCACUGGCCAGUUGUUAAUUGAAUCGAACAAGAAUGUGAUGGAACUGGUCACAGCAAAUCCAUCUGUGGCUCAUCUCGUGGGCAGCGCCGUACUUUCCAAGCCCCCCAAUCGUCAAGUUAGCAGAACCAGAGUCUUCACCCGCCAAGUCCACUAUAACCCAACACAGCAUCGACCACAGCAGCAGCACAACUUUGACACCACGGACGAAGAAGACAAUGUCCCUCAACACAAAUCACGGAAACAAGCCGCGAAAGAAAUCUCGGUUCCUAAAGCACCCCAGAGACAGAUCCGCGUGGGGAAAACAACCACGGUUUUAUUCGCAGUAACGCUCGCGUACAUCUUGAGUUUUCUCCCUUACCUCACCGUCAUGGUGCUGCGCAGUGUUAUCAAGGACUUGGAAGAGAACCUCAGCCCAGUCGGCGAGCUGGCCUACAAGCUUUGCGUGAAAUCUUUCUUCAUCAACAACGCCAUUAACCCGUUAAUAUACAGCUUCCUGAACCAGACCUUCAGGCAAGACGCUAGACUUAUGCUUAGAAAGUGCUGCGGCACUAACAAAAGGACAUCGCCUAGAGUGAGAACACAUCCUGCACCCGAUGCUGUCUGAAAUAUGUGUUGCCAACUUUCUUAUCGUUCUCAGGAAACAGCGCAACCAGUUCGUUGUGCUUUACAGUGGUAACAAGACUUCUCCGUGCGAUUAUGUAAUAUGCAGAUGCACCUCAACCACAUGUAGACCACACUUGUUAGAAAGUGUGUCAGAGCAGAACUUCACACUAGAUAUUCACACCAGGAUGGAAGUGUCUCAAGAGAAAUGGGCGUGUUUUCAAAGACAUUGGGCGUGACCCAAUAAUAAGGGACGAGGUAAAACUAAAGAAUUCUACUUCUUCUAAUUAAAGUCGCAUGCGUGCACCUAUUCACAUCAAGUUUAUCGUUUGAUGCUCCUUUUUUCUUUUUUUAGGGGGGGGGGGGUUAGGCGUGAUUUGAUCUAGUGGGAGUAUCUCAAAGAAAAUUGGCGUUUCUAGGUUGAAAAGUCUCUAGGUUUGCGCAGACGCAUACACACGUGCAUCAAAGUUUUUUGUGCGAGGCUCUUAGCUAUUUUGGGGAUAAUUUAAACAGCCGGCAAAGUCCUUUCUUAAUGUAACAGUUAAACGAACACUAGAUGUAAAUGUAGAGGCCUACCUAUAUCAUUUGCCUGUACAAACAACCAGCUACAGUAUACGUUUCCAGGCGGCUUGUGUCGUGAAAUAUAUAAAGUCAGAACGGAGAUUUUAGGAGAGACUUGAUGAACUAUUUUGUGUUUAGUUACAAUUACGGUGACUAACUGAUCAUGAGGAUAUGCGAUCCGAACUCUGACUGACAAGAUAUUCUAUGAUGUUUUUAUGCCAGAAUAACCAUGCAAAUCUAUAGCAGGCUAUAUACACUAUGAUGUAGAAACUAUUAGAAAUGUUGCAGUAUGUUGUUGACAUUAUAAGUGAUAGUGGUCAACUGAGUUCUUGCUGCAGAAUUUUUUUUAUAGUAAGGAUAUAAUAUUUGUGUGUGUGUGAGAGAUAGAGAGGGAGAAUGUUGUUAUUGAAUGAAUCAUUGAAAGAAUAUUUUUAAAAGAUGGUUUAGUGAGAGAGAAAGAACUAUUACAAUGUACAGUUUGUUAUUAUAUAAUUAGAAUAAUAUAUUUAUAUAAUGUUACAUGUUACAAUAAUAAAUAAAUA